CUGCUUGGUCGAACACAGAUCCCACUAACCGCUGCCUGGGCUGUGACCAUCCACAAAUCCCAGGGCAUGACCCUGGACAGAGUUGAGAUUGACCUGUAUCGCAGCUUCGAGAAGGAGCAGAUGUAUGUCGCUCUGUCUCGUGCGCGGAGUCUGGAGGGUUUGAGUGUGUUG